AUGGUGAUCUCCGACUCCGGUCCGACCGAGAGGUCUGGAUUGGCUUUGAAAUUCCAGGAUGGUCAUGCUCUCGCCGCAAUUAACGAUGACGACGGUACGCCAACCCAGCCAAGUGUGGAGGUUGAACAUGAUCCCUGGCGAGCAGAUCCUGCGCCUUCUUUGAUGCCUCUGUCGCCCCUGCCCUCUCUGCAGAUUCGCACCGAUUUUUCCAGCUCUCGGCCCGUCAGCUCGCAUCGCGAUUCCGAUUCUCUAGCCGCGCUAAGCGUAUCAUCCGGCAGCUUCCCGCAGCGCACCCCAAGCCUGCGCGCCCUGCGCGCCCCCAUCUCUUGCGCAGGAUCAUUGUCUCCCGGGUCAUUCAUUUCUUCACCUCAGCUCUAUGCAAUGGGUGACAUUACCCCACUACCCUCUCCUAUCGGCGGGGCGUCACCUUGGCGCCGAGGUGAACCAUCGCUAUCUCGCACGUCCUCGGGAGCCUCGCGAAGUGGAUCUAGUCUUCGAUUGAGCGACUCAUCACAAAUGCUGGCCCUUCCUCCCUCGCGGUCGCAUGGGAAAUCAUACACCGGGUUAAACGAUCUGGGCGAGGAAUCUCCAAUCGCCAGUCGAAUCCGUUAUGAACCACCUUCGAAACACGUCCGCAAUCGCAGUCUUAGUGACUAUGCGCCCCCCGGUCGCAUCUCCAUACCUCGCCCUAUUGCCGUCUCAGGAAGCGGCCCGAAUAUCGCGCCAUCGUCCAGCACAGACUCAAAGUCAACGGGCUUGCAUCGCGAACAAUACUUGGCGGUUCAUCGGGGUAUCGCGUUGCCCUCAGUCCGUCCUCCGAGCCCUCCCCGCAGUAGUGGGAGUGGGUAUGGGGACAGUGACACGGAGCCUGUCAUUUCGCGCCCGCUUCUUCUUUCGAAUUCGGAUGAACUCUACUCUGUUCGGUCGAUCCGUACCCAGCAGGCACGCAUAUACCGGAAACUGCGAGUUCUUGGUCAAGGUACAUUUAGUCAAGUGAGUCUCGCAGCGCGUGUCGAACAACCAGUUCAGACACCCUUGUCCCCUUCUUUCGAUGGAACAGCGGAUAUGGGACCCCCAGUUUCUACUCAGAAGUUGGUAGCGGUCAAGGUCAUCGAGCAUGGACCCGCUGGUGGUGCUGACCAGGAACGGUUGGAGAUCUCGCUGAAGCGGGAGGUGGACAUUCUCAAAUCGGUGAACCAUCCAUCCUUGGUUCAGCUGAAGGCAUUUGGCAGCGACGACAAACGAGCACUCCUGGUUUUGGACUAUUGUCCCGGCGGUGAUUUGUUUGAAUAUGCGACUUCGGGGAGUCGAUGCUCCUCGCCUAGCCUCAUCCGGCGCAUAUUUGCAGAACUGGUCAGCGCGGUUCGCUAUUUACACGCCAAUUACAUUGUGCAUCGGGACAUUAAAUUAGAAAAUGUCCUACUAACCAUGCCCAUUCAUGCUAUGGAGGACGUCAAAGACUGGCGUACCUACGACCGCGCAGUUAUUACACUGAGCGAUCUAGGGCUGUCACGACGUAUUCCAGAGCCUCCCGAGAGUCCACUCCUUCAGACUCGCUGUGGUAGCGAGGACUAUGCCGCCCCCGAGAUCCUCAUGGGUCAGCCUUAUGAUGGUCGUGCUACUGAUGCCUGGGCUCUGGGUGUACUAUUGUACGCCAUAAUGGAAAACCGCCUGCCAUUUGAUGUUCUUCCGGGUACUCGUGGCGAUCCUGCCAAACUCCGCGCUCGAACCCCUCACCGUAUCGCAAGAUGCGAAUGGAGUUGGUAUCGGUAUGCAGACGCGGACGAGGAAUGGGACCCUGAAAAGGGUCGUGACUUGGAAGGUGCCCGUGAUUGCGUGGAAGGUCUUCUAAAGCGCAACACUCGCCGUAAAGGGCUUGACGAAAUCGCCGCCAUGCCAUGGGUCCAGGAUGCCAUCGAUGUCCCGGAUGGAUUGAAACGAGGUGACAAAGAAGUGCCGUAG